AUGUGUAGCUCCGACAUCUUCCUGGCGGUCCUCGCCGUCUUCUUCCCACCUAUCGCAGUCUGGAUCAAGACUGGAUUCUGUACCGCAGAUUCGAUCAUCAACAUAACCCUCACUCUACUCUGCUUCUUUCCAGGCCUCAUUCACGCAUGGUACAUCAUCCUCAAGUACCCAGAACAGAACGAUGAAGAUGUAGCCUACGAGCCUAUCCCCGGUGGCGAGAGUCAGCGUCGCGAUCUGGAGAACGGCAAUGCUACCUAUUACUACGUCUCUCGCCAGCCUAUCCAGCACCCCUCACAGCGCGGAUAUGGCACCGUCAACCCUCAAGGCCAGGCGGCUGCUCCGGCGAACAAAUCCCACAACCAGACUGAAGACAGUGGGAAUGGGGGGAGCAGCAGUGCGCCCCCACCACCUACCUAUGCAGAAGCCGUGAAGGGUGAUCAUAAGGUGCAGAGUCAGGAUUGA